AGCAGAUAUAUGCAGAGUCUGUCGGUCUGAAGGAACUCCUGAGAAACCCCUCUAUCAUCCUUGUGUGUGUACUGGCAGUAUUAAAUUUAUUCAUCAGGAAUGCUUAGUUCAGUGGCUUAAGCACAGCAGAAAAGAAUACUGUGAAUUAUGUAAGCACAGAUUUGCUUUCACACCAAUUUAUUCCCCAGAUAUGCCUUCACGGCUUCCAAUCCAAGACAUCUUUGCUGGACUGGUUACAAGUAUUGGCACAGCAAUACGAUACUGGUUUCAUUAUACACUUGUGGCCUUUGCAUGGUUGGGCGUAGUACCUCUUACUGCAUGUCGUAUCUACAAGUGCUUGUUUACUGGCUCUGUGAGCUCACUACUGACACUGCCAUUAGAUAUUCUGUCAACGGAGAACUUACUGGCUGACUGUUUGCAGGGCUGUUUUGUGGUAACAUGCACGCUGUGUGCAUUUAUCAGCCUUGUUUGGUUACGUGAACAGAUUGUCCAUGGAGGAGCACCACAGUGGUUGGAACAAAAUCAGCAACAGCCACUCAAUGGUGUUGGUCAGCAAAAUGAGGCUCAGGCUGUUGUAAAUGGAGGUGUUGAAAAUGCUGUGCUUGAUCAACCUGCUAACCCAGCUGCUGAGAAUGUAGUUGUAGGUGAGAACCCUGAAAUUCAAGAAGAACAAGUAGAUGAAGAGGAGGAGGAUAAUGAAGAUGAAGAAGAUGCUGCAGUAGAAGAUGCAGCAGAUCCAAACAAUGGAGCACAAGAUGACAUGAACUGGAAUGCUUUGGAAUGGGAUCGCGCAGCAGAAGAGCUUACUUGGGAGCGAAUGCUUGGACUUGAUGGAUCUCUGGUUUUUUUAGAACAUGUCUUUUGGGUGGUAUCUUUAAAUACGUUGUUCAUCCUUGUGUUUGCAUUUUGUCCGUACCACAUUGGUCAUUUCUCCAUUGUUGGCCUGGGCUUUGAGGAAUAUGUUCAAGCAUCUCACUUUGAAGGCCUGAUUACAACUAUAGUUGGAUAUGUUCUGCUAGCAGUGACUCUAAUUGUUUGUCAUGGUUUGGCAGCGCUUGUUAAGUUUCAGCGAUCACGUCGUUUAUUAGGAGUUUGCUAUAUCGUUGUCAAGGUUUCCUUGUUAGUGGUGGUUGAAAUUGGUGUGUUUCCUCUCAUCUGUGGCUGGUGGCUGGAUAUAUGCUCUUUGGAGAUGUUUGAUGCCACUUUGAAAGAUAGAGAAUUGAGCUUUCAGUCUGCCCCAGGUACCACAAUGUUUCUGCACUGGUUAGUUGGAAUGGUUUAUGUCUUCUAUUUUGCAUCCUUCAUUCUUUUACUGAGAGAGGUAUUGAGACCUGGUGUCUUAUGGUUUCUCAGGAAUUUGAAUGAUCCAGACUUUAAUCCUGUGCAGGAAAUGAUUCACUUGCCCAUUUAUAGACAUCUCAGGAGGUUUAUCUUAUCAGUGAUUGUCUUUGGAUCAAUUGUACUGCUCAUGCUCUGGCUUCCUAUACGCAUUAUUAAGUAUCUCCUCCCUAACUUUCUUCCAUAUAAUGUUAUGCUCUACAGUGAUGCUCCAGUAAGUGAACUUUCCCUAGAGCUCCUUUUGCUUCAGGUGGUGCUUCCAGCUUUGCUAGAACAAGGACAUACAAGACAGUGGUUGAAAGGUCUUGUACGAGCAUGGACUGUUACUGCUGGAUACUUGCUGGAUCUCCAUUCUUACCUACUUGGUGACCAGGAAGAGAAUGAAAAUAAUGCAAACCAGCAGCCUAACAACCAGCAUGCUCGCAAUAAUAAUGCCAUUCCAGUUGUGGGAGAAGGUCUUCAUGCAGCCCAUCAAGCCAUCCUUCAACAAGGAGGACCUGUGGGUUUCCAGCCUUAUCGUCGGCCUUUAAAAUUCCCGCUCAGGAUAUUUCUUUUGAUUGUUUUCAUGUGCAUAACAUUACUGAUUGCUAGUCUUAUCUGCCUUACCUUACCAGUAUUUGCUGGCCGAUGGUUAAUGUCAUUUUGGACGGGGACUGCCAAAAUCCAUGAACUGUACACAGCUGCUUGUGGUCUUUAUGUCUGUUGGCUAACUAUCCGAGCAGUGACAGUGCUGGUUGCCUGGAUGCCACAGGGUCGUAGAGUGAUUUUUCAGAAGGUCAAAGAAUGGUCUCUCAUGAUAAUGAAGACAUUAAUAGUGGCUAUACUGCUAGCUGGUGUGGUUCCACUUUUGCUCGGUCUUCUGUUUGAACUGGUCAUCGUUGCACCUUUGAGAGUUCCUUUGGAUCAAACACCUCUCUUCUAUCCUUGGCAGGACUGGGCUCUUGGAGUUCUGCAUGCCAAAAUAAUUGCUGCCAUAACACUGAUGGGUCCCCAGUGGUGGCUGAAAACUGUUAUUGAACAGGUAGGAAAAAACUGUGCAU